CACCCUCCUGAGCGUCAGGGGUUCAUCUGGAGAGGCGAGGUCCUUAGCUGUUCCUGGCCCCUGCGGCGUUUGCAGUUUUUCAGCAGCUGUACCUUGACACUUGAGCGUUUGCAGUCGGGUCUGGUUCCACGGCGUGGAUUCCCGUCGUGGGCAUUCUGCGUGACAGCGCCCCUGGCCGUGUGUGCAGCGAGCGGCUGGGACUGGGAUCCCGAUGCGGGAAAGCCAGCUUCCCAGAAUGACUUAAUCCAUUUCCUGGUUCUUAGAAAGCAAUGGCUACCGAGAGUGCUUCCUCCGAAAUCAUAGAAAGACAAAGAACCAAGUUGCUUACUGUCCUCCAGCAAGACCCCGAUUCGCUCUUGGACACAUUAACCUCUCGGAGACUGAUUUCUGAGGACGAAUAUGAGAUGCUAGAGGAAAUUACAGAUCCCCUGAAGAAAAGCCGGAAGCUGUUAAUUGUGGUACAGAAGAAGGGAGAGGAGAGCUGCCGUUGUUUCCUCAAAUGUUUGUCUAAUGCAUUUCCAGAAGCAGCUACCACGUUGGACUUGAAGCACGAAGUCCCACAGCAGGUGACUGAAGCAGCCUGGUCUCUGGUGGGGAGAGAGGAUGCAGCAGAUCCCUAUUCCUUCAGGAGAAAAACCUCAGAGAAUGAAGAGAUUGCAGAGCUCUCUGAAGAGAAAGAAUGUGUGGAUUGGGAAACAUCUGAGUCUUUCAUGUAUGAGGAAAGUAGCCAUGUUAGGGAAACUGCAGGCUCCUCCAGGGAGAGCAAGCAUUCACUUGGAAGAGUUGAGUAUGAAGUUCCAACGAGUAUCACAUACUUAAAUGAUGGACAAAGACACGAGGAGCCGGACGAUUCUCUGUACUUAGGAGAAGGGGAAUAUGAAGAGUCUGUUGGGUACCCUGAAGAUGUUGAGACCAUUGUAGAGGAAGGGGAUUUCGAUGACCUAGAGUGCUUUGUAUAUGAUGGUGAAGAGGAACGGGAGUAUGAAGAAACCAUGGGGCUUUCUCAUGAAGAAAGUUGUGAGGCUUCAGAAAGCGGCAUUUCAUUGGAAGAGGAAGAGAGACGCACUGAAGAAAGGAAGAGAGUAUUUCACCAUGUCCUGUCCUGUUUGAACAUGGAUAGAAGCAGAAAGCUUCUCCCAGAGUUUGUGAAGCAGUUCUCCAUAGACCGAGGAAGUGAGUGGACACCUUCAACUCUGGGAGAUUUAGCCUGGAAUUUCCUGAUGAAAGUUCAGGCACUAGACCUGACAGCCAGAGAUUUUAUCCUUAGGCCCAAGAUGGUGGAUGAGGUGAGCAAAGGGGAAUUGCUGGCUGGAAUAGAGAAUUUAGAAAUUGAAGACAUACAAACCAUGGAUCCCCUCGACGUCCUUUGUGCCUCCAUGCUUUGUUCAGAUACCUCUUUGCAACGUGAAGUCAUGUCAAACAUGUACCAUUGCCAGUUCGCUCUUCCCCUACUGUUGCCAGAUGCAGAAAAUAACAAAAGCAUCUUAAUGCUGGGGGCCAUGAAAGACUUAAAGCCAUAUCCAGUGCAGUCCUCAGGAGGGUCCCCCAGAGAAACAGAAAAAUUUCUGAUUUCCAUGAAGAUGCCAGUCGUCUCUUUUGUUCGACUAGGACCCUGUAGCCUCUCCAAGUCCAAAAUCCUUAACACACUGCUCAGUUCCUCCCAACAGAAGCCACACAAAAUCUUUCUCCAUCAGGAUUUUUCUGUUCCCAUGCUUCCUCGGCAAAUUUCUGGUGGCCUGGUGGAGGUAGCUUGGUGUUUUCCUGACAACAAGGAGCUAAAGGAAACUCCUCCUGUUUUCCAAAAGCCUGUUGCCGUGGCCAACUUGCAUGGAGAUCUUGAAAGCUUUUGGAUACAAUUUGGUUUUCUGGUGGAAGUUUCCUCAGCUGUGUUCUUUUUCACUGACUGCCUUGGUGAGAAGGAAUGGGACUUGCUGAGGUUUUUAGGAGAAGAUGCUUUUGAAAGAUGCUACUUUGUCCUCAGUCCCCAGGCCAAGGAGAGUAAAGAGGCCCAGAUUUUCCAAAGGAUCCUGGGACUGAAGCCGUCACAGCUACUGUUUUGGGAAGUGGAGGAAGCUGGGGAUAGAAGGAAGAUGAUGGAGGCCCUUCAAGCUGCCCUCCAGGAAGUAACGUCCUCUUCACUCAGAUGUGUGUCCCUAGAAGAUAUGGCCUCUCUGGCCAGGGAGUUGGGGAUUCAGGUAGACCAGGACUUUGGAAUCACUCAAGAUAUUCAAGAUUCCCCCAGAAUGACUGACGAUGAGAACCAACAAAUACGUAGUCAGACAAAAAGCCCAUCUGAAAGCCGAGCUCAGGUGCCAAUCAGAGAGCCUGGAGCCCAACAUGAGGACAGCCAGAGUUCUCAGAACCUGCACCAGACUCCAGUAUUGGUGCUGCAUCCAGUCCGCCCAUGGCCUCUGCCUACUACAUUUGGAAGUAACUUUUACCAUGUUUCCUUGAAAGCCCCCUGGGUUCUGAGCUCCCACUUUGGGUCACAGCAGAGAGCUAAAUGGUUCUAUCCUUUGCCCCAUCAGAAUACAAGGGUUCACAGUGGAGGCAAAAGCUUUGGUAAUCAGCACUUCCAACCCUGGAGAUUUUAUUCGGGGCAAAGAUUCAUGAAAUUUUCAGGAGCUUCUCGGGGGUAUCACUCCAGUGGAACAUUUGGGAGAUCACAAAGACAGACUUCUCGUGUACAGACCCUUCCUGAGAGCCUACAGGCAGAGAGAACCCUUCAAAGGCCUGGAACAGUGGUCUCUCCUGUAGGUCACUCUCAUUCUCCCGGCUUACAAGCAACAAAAGCAGCCAGGAACCCACAGCCUGUGAAAGCCUAUGCCCAGAGGAUGCACCCGAGUGGCGUAACUAGAAAACCUAUGAGGGCAGUUUCUCAGACUAAGUACCCUCAUUCUCCAUCCUGUCAGCCAACAGGGGCUGUUCAAGAAGGAAAAGUAUCAGUUCCUCAUCAAGGAUCUCAACAGAUGACAAAAGGAAGGUCUUCAGAUCCAGCUUUCCAAGCAGGGUCUCAAUCCAUGUCUGGGAGUAAACUUUCAUCUACCUUCCAGUUCAGCUCCCAUCAACCGAAGUUCCAGGUCAAACAUGUCGAGCCAGAGCCCAUUCAAUCUUCUCAGAAAAAAAACUCUCAUUCCCAGCCCUCCCAAGUUAAACCCCCUCAUCCUCAGUCCUCCCAAGCUAAAUCCCCUCAUCCUCAUCCCUCCCAGGCUAAACCCCCUCAUUCCCAGCCCUCCCAAGAUAAACCCCCUCAUUCCCAGCCCUCCCAAGCUAAAUCUUCUCCAUCCAGAUCUACUCAGUUCAAGCCACAUAGGCCCCAUCAGUCCCAAUCUAAGCCUUUCCAACCUAGAUCUACCCAACAUACAUCAUCGAAGACCAAGCCUUCACAGGCCAAGACCUGCUACCCAAGAGCAGGGAAACGUUAAGGAGCAUACCCCAGAGAGCCAGGAAGUAUGUCUUUUUUUUUUUUUUUUGUACUAUAUUUUUAUUUAAAUUAGAAACAAGCUUGUUUUACAUGUCAAUCUCAGUUCCUCCCCUCCUCCCCUGCCCCC